AUGUAUCAUAAUUCAAAAAAAUACAUUCCUCUAAUACUCAAUACUCAAAUUCGUAGUUUUGUUUCAAUGUCUUCUACCCCUGCUACUCCUACGACUCCUCGACAAAAUGAUUCUCCAAACAUCAGUUCAACCACAAACACACAAAACCCUGCUCCUGAUCGUAAGAUUGACAAUCGUCCAGCCUUCACAUCAUUUCACGCGGCACCAUUCCAACCUAGUGUAAGGAAGCGUAGGGCUGACGCAUCUGGUUUCCCGGUAGACGCUGGCCCUUUCUUCUCACCAACUCAACAACAUUAUAACUUAUCCGAUAAUGAUUGGACGUGUUACCGAAGAAAUUAUUUUCAGAUUAGCAGCGCCUUUUCUAUCUCAAGCGCGACUCACCCUGUUAAUGAAGCUGAUGUACCAUGUUUGAUUGAAGUAGAUGGUCAAUUUCAUAAUGUCUCCCAAUUCUUAUUAGGAAUCACGGCACGAGUAUCUAAUAGUGAUAAAAAGAUUGAAUUAGUACAGCACACUCCAAAACGUGAUAAAGGACCUCAAAUGGUUCCAGUUCCAAAACCUAUUCGUCCUGGUGGAAAUCUUAAUCUUAGUUCAGUUGGCUCUAAUUCAAAUAUAGUUACUUUUGAACGUAUUCAAUUUAAAACUGCAACCGCAAAUAAUGGCAAACGUCGAGCUGCACAACAAUAUUAUGUGGUAAUGGUUGAUCUAUACGCUCAAGUGGAAAAUGGUGAACAAUUUAGAGUUGCUACGUCAACUUCAGCUCCUUUAGUCGUACGUGGUCGUAGCCCUGGCCAUUACGCUGAUAAUCAUGAUCGUUAUAAUCCAAUUGGAAUGAAUCCGGCAUUCCCUAAUGAUCGUCAUAUUGGUUUUCCACAUCCUACUGGACCAAAUGGAUCGGUGAUGCCACAAGACUUUAAUGGUGGACCUUUUCCGGGACCAUACGGACAGUAUCCACCCUUUCAAGGGUUUCCACCAGUGACUGGUGGACCAAUUAGAAAUGAUGCUUUAUUGAUGAUGACCGGUCCAAACGGACAAACACCACCUUUUCAUCCACAGCAUCCUCACCAACAAUAUAUGGUGUCAAGCAUUGGGGAUGCUGAAAAUCAAAACCCAGAAGUUUAUAAUAAUCCUAACAUGGACCCUAAUAUUGUUAACGGCUCACAUGAUCAAAAAGUACCAGGUCAACAGAUUGACAUGCACAUGGAAGGAGUUGCUACAACUUCUGCUCCACACUCGGCAUUCUCUAAUUUUGAAUCACGUCCAAUUUCAACCUCAAAUUCGAAUGUUACUGCUGUUGGUGGUAAACCAUUUAUGAAGAUUGAAAUUCCACAAUCAACAGAACUUCCAGAUCAUCCUCUAACUUCUCCGGCGUAUCAUUCACAAGAAUAUGUAGAAGGUUUGCAUUUUUAUCAUACUCCAGCAAACAGCGCGUCCACACAUCAUGGAGGUUACCAUUCUGAUAAUGAACAACAUCACAGUAAUGGAGUAAAUCAAGAAAAUGGACGACAAGAACGAUCAGAUGAAUCUUCAGAACAGAAUUCUAAUCAAACUCACUCUCCACAAGUUAAUGGUGAUAAAUCAGAGCAUGAUUCAAAAUCAUCAUCUACAACAAGCAACGGUAGCAACAUGAAUUUCAGGAUGGGAAAAGUCGAUGAAGCUGAUAAACUGUAG